AUGGAAAGCCAUAACGUUUCUGACGAUGCCCCGAGCUUCUGCAUUGGUCACCAUGAGGCAAACCGCUCGGUGUUUGUCACUAACCAGGUUAUUCAUAAGGUGCAUGAAAGUAAUGUCAGUUUUGUCGAAGAUCCCAGCUAUGUUCCCAUUACAACACAGCACUUUCACUCUCGAGUUCUAGGACUUCUGUCGUCUUACUUGACCAAUCUGGAGUCACCCGCCUAUGACGCCAUUGGCACCAUGGCAACGACACAGAACACAAGACCGUUGACAGUUCCAUCACUAUCAAAGUUGGAUUCUAACCUUACGCCCAAUGAUGCAACCAGCCAACUUGUUGGAGUGACCAGCAGUUGGAUUGAUUUAUGCUCACCUGAUCCCUUGAUUGCGAAUUUGUCUCGUCAGGUCCUUAUGCUGGAGGUAGCCUAUGCUGCUUUUUGUGGAAUAGGGUAUCUACUGAUUCCGGCCCCCAAGCUUCAUCAUGGAAGCUUGUACUCCGAGGGUGUGGUUUACUAUGCCCGUGCAAUUCAGGAUGCUAUGAACCUGGGUCCGUACAUUCAGUUCCAUAUCUGGUUGCCGAUGGUCGAUAACCCCGAGCUUGAAGUGGACACUAUGGGUGAUCUGGCUCCGCUAGCCAGAGAAGAUUUUCUCCAGCCUGAUGAUGGCAUUCUACCCAAGGUGGAUCUUUUUGGGAGCUGGGAUGCUUGGGACUUGAUUCGCAAGACCUGCAAAUACCACACACGAUUGUUCGUAGCUCUUACUAUGCCAAAGCAGCUUCCGCCUCUCUCCGUGCAAUCACGUUGGCACUCGGAACCCGUUCAUUUGCUUAGCAUUGAUUCUUCAUCUUUUCUGAAGAACCAGAAGGGAUAUCCAGUGUUGUCAAAGGCCCAUCAAGCUCUUAUCGCCAAACUCAUGCGCCUCAGAACUGCUCCAUGGAUUCUUCUUUGUGAUGUUGGUCCAAUCCCGGGACUGGAAGAUCCAGAAGAAUCGGAAAACACUCAGUUGUCCGGUUCAGAUUAUCCGAACUUGUCCCAAACUGGGGCCGCAAACAAAAAGUAUAAUGACCCCACACCUCAUCUUUCCUAUAUAAGGAACCUGCAGCAACGGCAGCCAGCGCGUACGCCCAUCGAAAGAUUUGGCGUCGGUUAUCAAGAUUACCUUCAAGCCCCUUUGCAACCACUCACCGUCAAUCUGGAGAGCAUCACUUAUGAAGUGUUUGAGAAGGACCCGAUCAAAUAUGAGUGGUACGAAAAAGCCAUCACCAAGGCUCUCAGAGACUGGGCAGAGCAGAAGAAGCCCACAUCUCAUCCGGAGGGUAAAGUUAUUCUGGCCGUCGUUGGCGCUGGCCGAGGACCAUUGGUAAACAGAGCACUCAAGGCUAGCGCGGAGGCAGGCGUAGAAAUUGAUCUGUGGGCAGUCGAGAAGAACCAGAACGCCUUUGUUCUUCUGCAGCGGCACAACGAAACAAUUUGGGAUGGCAAGGUCACUCUGGUUCAAUCCGACAUGCGAAGCUGGAAAGGCCCCCGAGUACAAAAGCAAGCUGUCGUGAAAACCGAGGGACCCGAGCAGAAUGUGGGUGAAUCUCUGGGAAUUGAAGACUCGCUCCUUUACACACCCAUAGAGGACGAAAAUGACCCUGGCCGGACCGCUGACCUUUCUGACUCCAAGUCAUCUGAACUUUCGUAUACCCAUGUCGAUAUCAUCGUCUCAGAGCUCCUCGGCUCCUUCGCGGAUAAUGAACUGUCUCCAGAGUGCUUAGACGGAGUUAAUGAUCUCAUCAAUCCCGUGCAUGGUAUCUCCAUCCCUGCUUCAUACUCGGCACACCUCACGCCAAUCUCCGCGCCGAAAUUGCACUCGGACAUCAUGCAUCAAUCGAUUUCCAACCCAGCAGCUCCAGAGACGCCUUAUGUCGUGAUGCUUCACGCCAUCGACUUUCUGUCAUCCACUGAUUCGCCAGUGAAUGCAGAUGCUACGGCUCAAACCGCUGCCAACCGCUCCUCGGCUUCAACUACAACCACAGCGGCCACGGAAUUCCCCACUCCGUUUGUGCAAACGGCAUGGUCUUUCUCGCAUCCCAAUUCAAACAUACCCGCGCAACCUCCCUCUCGCUCUAGCAUUCCUAACUCCCACAAUGUCCGCCAAACACGUCUCUCCUUCCCUGCUCAGAACCGUGGUGUAUGCCAUGGUCUGGCUGGAUACUUUGAGACUGUUCUGUAUGGCGAUGUUGAGCUUUCAACUAACCCUGUGACUAUGGAAGAGAAGAGUGCUAGCAUGAUUAGCUGGUUCCCCAUCUACUUUCCCUUGAAGACUCCUUUGAAUGUGCCCGAUAACGGCGAGGUCGUCGUUACGAUGUACCGCCAAACCGAUGACCGCAAGGUAUGGUAUGAAUGGAUGGUGGAAGUCUUUGCCCUUGAACGUACUUCUUUGGCAAGCAAACUCACCACACCGGCUAUGAGUGGUGCUCGCUUGGCUUCGCCCAGUACCGAUAGCUUUAAGAAUGCCCCGAGACCGAGCAAUGGAGCCAACCGUACCGGCUUCCGACGUGUCAGAGUUGGUCUGAGCGAAUUGCACUCGAGCAUCAAAGAAGGUUGCUUGAUGUGA